AUCAAAGGAAAUAAUCUAAAUAAACACUAACUGCGUCAACGUUCAACCCAGCAUGAAUCGAUUCCUUCUGGUGGCUUGAAUCCUGACGUUUCGAUGAAAAGCCAAUUCGUGCUCAUUUCGAAGAAAACCGGCAGAACGUGCUGCUGUUCAAAGGAAUCGUCGUCCGCAGCGGGUGAUGGUGGAAUCGCGAAUAAAACAAAGAUGGAAUUUGCGUACGACAACGGUGGGGUGCUCGAUGUGGAACCUGCAAGUGGUGAACAGUUUCCUGAAGUCAGCGUUAUUCAGCGAAAUUACGGCAAAAUAGAUUUACUAAACAAAUUGAGCGAGUACAGAAUGCAACUGGUAGAACGAACAGACCAGCGUAAUGAGAAAGCAUUUGCGGAAAUGCAGACGAUCAGCAUGAAACGGCUGUUGAGGGAAGGCACGUCCAAGGUCCGGGAAACGGUGUACCAAACGGGCAAUCGUAUGGUGGUCAAACUUUACCUGAUGCACUGUGGCAAGCGUCUGCAUAGUGUAGGCAAAUACAGAUAUUCUGCACGCUUUCUGGAAGUUGCCCAUGGCAUCGCGCAGAAAGCUACAAUGGGUUAUGUGCAGAGAGAGAUAGCUUAUCUACUGCGUGACGGCUAUAACAAUAUGGGACAAUAUCAUACAGAACCCAGCGUGUUGAGCUGGGAAAUGGAUCUGUUCGGGACAAAUGAUAGCAAGACGGUGUCGUGUGAGUCGGUGGAUGGAAAGCUAAUAGCUAAAAAAGAAUUCAAUGUCGGAGAUGUUAUAUUCAUCGAUAAGCCCGUGGCUGGUUACGUGAAGGAUUCGAAAGUACAGUGCAACUGUUGCCUGGUCAAGACACUGUACACGAUGCCCUGUGCGGAAUGUUGUGCAGUAUUUUAUUGCAGCAUGACAUGUCUGCAAAAGGAUGAGCGUUACCACAAGUACGAGUGUUCGGGGCUCGAGAUAUCUUACCUCACGGCCGUUGAUGGUAGUCCACUGGUUCUACGCAUGUUUGUGAACGCUAUGGACAUCUUUAAGCGCAAUUUAUUGCAACGCCUGCAGCAGCCGCUCGUGGAUAGUACGCUGACUCCUCAGCAAAUGUGGGAAAUUUUGCUUGAAGAUCAUAAGCAUUCGGAAGACUUUCUCAAAGUCUUUCAAGCAUGCACGUGUGAUCACUUCGCGGAAGACAAAGCUACGUACGGAAUAAUGCUGCAACAGGUCACGCUCCUUAUGUACUACAUCGUGUUAGAUAAGCGGGUGAUGCGAGAUUAUAUCGGCUGUGUGAUGGACUUUGCUGAAAAUUCGGCCUACAGAUUCAUGGAGAGCGUCCUGUUGCGGCUUAUAUGCGUCACGAAGCUGAAUGCGUGCAGUUUUCGUUACGACCUUAAGUUCGAUAAAGCUGAAGCGGAUGAAAUGAAUAUCGCAGGAAACCAGGAGUCAACAUGCGAGCGAAGCAUAAUCUUGAGUAACGAAUACUGUGGGAUGUACCGAUUUCAGACAGAAAUGGGCGCUUCCAGCACCGAUUUCAAUACUAUCUAUUCAUUACUUGACCAUGGAGCGGUCGUGUUUCGUGCGGCAAAAACGAUCAAGAAGGGUGAUGUGCUAGUGUUCAAGGUAGGAUCAUUUAGGCAUCCGACUUCCCAAAGUUUUGUUCCCACAGAUGGUGCCAACCCUGACCAGGUAUAUUCUUUUUCUUCGUCCAUCGAUAGUAGCGUGCAAGAAUUGGGAACAAUUCAGUCCAGCGAAACUAUGACGGUGCUCAUGGCCGAACUCUUACGUAGAGAAUUGCUGUGCAUGGAGGAUAAUUUCUUUGACCUGCUGAUGAUGUUCGACUGCUUCCUAGCCCAGUGUAAAAGCGGGCCGGCCACCCACGAGCGCAUGGUAACGCUGUUCACCGUCAUCAACAUGUUGGAAGCUCUGUACCACAAGGCUACGUUGAUCCCGUUGGUACUGAUGAAUGAUGAUUGGAUGAUAAUGCUAAUGAUCCGUGGCGUGGGAUUGCGCCUCAUUAGGAAGGAUUACAACGAGCGUCUUGUAAACAGCUUAUAUAAUAUGUAUUUCCAAGACUAGAACGCUAACGCUUUGAAGGACACAUCUGAAUCCAUUACUUAAAGGUCAUGCUCUAGAAUGUAUUACAAUUACGUAUAAUCAAAAAAACAAAAAAAUAGAACGUAUCCUGGACACCACCCGGAAAGGAUAUCGGAA